AUGAAGCUACCAGUUGGCCUUUCGACUAUGUUGACAGUCACGAACAGCAUCGGUUCCGCUCUCACAUCAUCAACAAAUAUUGCCCAACCUCUUCGAAAGAAGGCGCUUCUCAUUGGAAUUAAUUACCCCGAGGGCACUGAUUGGAAUUUGAGGGGCCCGCAGAACGAGGUCAGGGAGUUCAGGGAGCUAUUAUUGACUCAAGGUGGAUACCAAGAUGCGAAUAUUGUGGUGCUCACCGACGCACCUGGGACGCAACAGGAAUAUCUGCCUACUAGAGCCAAUAUUCUCAGGGAGAUCAUGAGGCUUACGGCGGGCUCGUCGCCUGGGGACGAGCACUUCCUGUUGUAUUCUGGUCAUUCGGCGCAGAGGAAGGAGAGCGAGAAGAGGGAAACUCCACCGGCCGACACUACCAACACCAAUAGCAAUAGCGCUGUUCCUCAGAUCACCGACAACAACACCACUACCAUCACCAAUGCCACCACCUCUGAAUGCUCCACAGCCCUCGCCAAUACAAGCCUCCCCAAUUGGGUAUCUUUACCCGAGUACACGACCGUCCAACGAACAAUUUCGACCCGCACCGCCCACACCACCACCACCAUCGAGACCUCCACCCUUGGGCUGUCAGAAGAAGACGCCAUCGAAGCCGAUCUUUUGAAGUUCGUCACCCACUUCUCCUCCUCCGACUCCGCAGAGGAAGAAGAGGAAGAGGACGGCUACGAUGAAUAUAUCAUUCCCCUUGACGCUAUCAGUAUCGGUCCCGAGAUGAAGGUGGUAGAUGAGAAGAUCAUACUUGAUGAUAUCCUCAGGCAGUGUCUGGUUCUGCCUUUGUUCCCGCAAGCGAAACUUGUGGCCAUCUUUGACUGCUGUCAUUCUGCAACUUUGCUUGACUUGAAGCAUCAUCGUUGCCAUCGAAUAGGCACUUGGCCCAGCCGAUUUCGUCGGUUCUGCAGACGAUUUUUCGUAGAACCCUAUGCUCGCAUCGUGCUCCCUUUCAAGUCGCACGUCCUGCGGAAGAUUGAGCCAACACAGAGGCCCGAAGACACGGACAGACCGGAAGAGUCGACAGACCCGACUUACCCCAAGCCCGACUUGAAGAGCAGGCCUCAUGGUCGGUUUAGUGGCCUCAAGGCCUUAGGGAAGAAGGCCAGCACGGGAAAGCCAGCAGCUUCACCCCUACCGAGGCAAAGCUCUUUUAACAUUGUUAUCAACCCUCGGAAACGCUGCUCGGGGUUAUGUGCGCGAAUGGAUCUGUCUAGUCUUGAUCGGCAGCAUGUUGUUUGCGUGUCCGCUUGCAAAGAUUCCCAGAUGGGCGUUGAGAAUAAGGCGGGGGAGUCGAUGACUGAGGCUAUCAUUGAUCUCCUCAAGGAAAAUCCACGGCCAACCCUACGGCAGCUGAUGCAAGCUGUGAACGCUAAUACAAAGCGCCAGCGCAAGAAGAUGAAAGAGCAAUAUGAAAACUACGAAAAGAAGAUCAAAUCCCGUGGCCGACCUCCUUCGCAAAAAGAGUUGAAAGUGAUCGAGGAGGGGAAGGAUCUUUGCCAGAACAUGCAGAAUCCACAGAUAUCGAGCUCUAGAUCUCUUGACUUGAGAAAGACGUACUUGUUCGGACCCUCAGACGUUAGUGCGCCUGAUCAUGAAAGGACUCAAGGAUGGAAAGGAGGGCAGCGCUUCAAGCGAUUGCUUCCUUUGUUCAGGCGUGGUCGGGCGCAGUCCUGA